AUGUACAGCAUGCAUGAGCAUCGUACAUUGCCUGAUGCCUUAUUAUUUGUUCUGUCAGUUUUUUUCAGGAAGAUCUUCAUCUUGCAACUGGUAGGGCUGGUGCUAACCUACAAUUUCACUGACUGUGACUUUGAGAAGAUUAGAAAGAAGUAUCAGGAAGUCAUUUAUCAAGCCCUGGAGAAAUAUAUGAAUGGGAUCAAAAGCACCGAAUUCAACAACCCCAUCUACUGUGAAGACCCGCCAGAUUGCCUCACUAAAAUCGAACGCAUUACCUUCUAUCCCACCCACGGCUGCACGUCUCUCGCCAAGGAAAUCUUCGCAAUAGGAACUAAUGCUGCGCUCACUCUCCAGUGCCCAGGCUACUCCGGAAUGCAGAUAAAUAAUACCCAGGCAAAGAAGAAAAGAAAGAAAAGAGAAGUUACAACAAAUAAAUGCCGGAAACAAGUUGCAUACUUAAUAGAACUGUGGCGUCGUUUCAGUCGCAUUUCAUAGAAACAAAAUACACCUUCCUUAAGGCUGUAUUUCAUAGCAACCAAAUAAAUCAUCUUUAUUAGGUAGAUGUAAUGUUAACUCUAACUGUGACAUGUAAAAGACUGCCGAUAGUUAUUUUUUAAUUAUGUUAGGGUUUCUUAACUUAUUUUUGUAAACUUCUAUUGUUUGAUAUGGACUUAUAAGGCAGGGGAAAUACUAUCCCUCAAAUGGAGAGGGAUGUAGUGGUGAUGCCUGAGCCACUCACUGGCCCAGGUAAUUUUCGGCUGCACCUACAUAAGCCUUACUUCAGGUGAAGAAUCUAAACACGACGUAGAAGGGGAAAGGAGAAGGUUAAGGCAGGAAAAGCUUGAACCCAAUAACAUAUAAACAUCUGUUUAAAAGGCAAGCAUUUCUUCUACAUGUGCUGAUACUUCUUAUGUUCUCAUACCAAAAACAUACAAAAGAAGAAAAUAAAAGCAAAAGGGGGUGCACAGAAAGUUGUACAUCUAAUGAAGCAGUUUGAAAGAAUUUCCAAGCAAAAUAUUGUGGAAGUAUUGUAAAUCAAGUUUUAAGAAUUAUCUGACAAGAGUGAUAUAUAUGCAAGUAGAUUCUGAAGAGGUGCCUUUGUUAAAGCUAAAAUAUAUGUAUCUUUAAAUUUAUGGAAUAUAUUUUUAAUUUAUUUGUAAGCACUUUUAAAAAUGUACAUAUUGCUUUGUAAUUGACACUAUUUCUUAAUAAAACAAUU